AUGCCCGAUGUCAUGGCAGCUCCACUACCAUACGCAGCCAAAAUCUUGGUCGCCGUGAUACGGGCUAGUGUCCGAGACCAACAAGGGUCAUCAGAGCCUCUCAAUCCCCUGGAUUAUCAACGAGAAAGGUGGCGGCGGAUUAAGGUACACCAGGAACAGGAUGAAUACCUGCGCGACUUGAGGGAUUUCCUGAAUGGAGAAGUCGACCGGUUCACUUUACACCGGUUGCGGAAGAUCGCCAAGUUCGCAGACUUGUUCGCCCUGGAUGCCCGUGGCGUGUUGUAUCGGUUAGCUCAGUCCACCCGAGGCAGACCCCGAGACGCUCAGGAUGAAUUACGACUGGUGGUACCCAUCACCCCGAGAGAGGACAUUUUACAUUAUGCCAACGAGGACUUUCAGGGUGGACACCAGGGCAUCAAGCGGACUCACGAAAAAUUGCGCUCUGAGUUCUAUUGGCCUGGGAUGUAUGCCGAUGUGGAACGACACGUAAAAGAAUGCGUGGAUUGUGCAAGUGGCAAAGGACACCCGUCUAACCCUGGUCCAUCUCCGGGAAAUAUCGAACCAAGGCGACGAUUUGAGGUAGUCUCGAUGGAUUUUGUGACACACAUGCCGAAAUCGGAGCGGGGAAACACUUUCUUGCUCUUAUUCCAAGAUAUGUUCUCAGGAUUCGCGAUCCCGGCCGAGGCAUAUGAGGAACGGGUGUUCAGGAUGUUUGGUGCUUCAGAAAUGAUCCGCCACGACCAAGAUCCAAGAUUCAUGAGUGAAGUUUUCACUCGAUUCAGGGAACCCCUGGGCAGUCGUCAGAGAUCCACCCUGAGCUACCGACCCCAGGCGAAUGGACAACAAGAACGUCCUGUUCAGACUGUUAUCCGGGGCGUGCGAGCGUAUAUGGCCGAAGCAGACCAGUCAGAUUGGGACGAUCAUGCCGAGAGAUUGAUGUUCGCCCUGAACACAUCGUUUGACGCGACCCGCCUAGAUACGCCAUUCUACCUAGCCCAUGGCUGGGAUGCUCAGGGCACC